GCGAAGCAGAUGGAAGAAUCAGACGACAUCUGAGACUGGUGCGAAGCUGGGUGCGAAGUCGAGGAAGAAGGCCGAGCGAGAUCGAUCGAGGAAGAAGGCUGAGCGAGAUCGAUCGAAGGCCAGAGCAAGAUCGAGGAAGAAGCCCAGAGCCAAAAAGGGCCAGCUGUACCGUGCGCACGGUACAGCCGGCUGUACCAUGUAAUUUACGGGCCGUAUGAAGUAGAUUAGAGAACGUUUGUAAAGAAACAAUCAAAUGGCCUAGACUUGUUUGCCUAAAUAACAGUAGAUUAGAGAACGUUUGCCUAGACUUCCAUUUUAUUUUUCCAAAUCAAAUGGCCUGUAUUGAUAUCAUUACUUUCGAUCAUUACACCAAAUGAAGAAAAACCAUAUGACACUAAUUCAUCUCCAUUAAGUACGAUUAGAACUGUGACCGUAUGUUCUACGAUUAGACCUAGAAACAAUCAUACAACAUGAAUCGCUAAUCAUGUUCGGUUUGACACAAUUAUCACUGAUUCUACAGAUUCGUAUACUCCUAACGAAAAAAUAAGCUAAAUUUCCAAUCAUUCUGGCAAACCUAGCAACAUAAACUUUAACGAGAAACCAAACAACAGAAUAAAACGCAUAAUUAUAGUAAGCUAAGAGAAAAGAUAAAUUAUGGUAGGAGCUCCACACAGUCUCGUUGUAGUAGCAUCCAACGUCUUCUUCCAAACCUUAACCACUCGUUCACUCCCAAACGGCAAUUCAAGGGGGACGCAAAUCACCAACCAUAAGACCUAGAAAAAGCUAAAAGCCAUAUAUGAUGAUCCCCUUUGUGAUGCUUCCCGUGCCAGCCAAACGUCUUCUUUUUGUAGAUCAUUUUGAUAAGGCUAUGAAUAUUGAGGUCGGCAAGUGGUAUGCAACUUGCAAACAUUGUCCACAAGUAUUGUGCAUGGGAUGUCGGGGAGGCUACGACACCUUCCAAAGACACUUGAACUCGAGACACCCCACGGAAGCAGCAAAAUUGAAGGGCAAGAGCGUGCAUACACAAAUAUCGAGCUUUGCAAAUGAUCAACCCUUUGGAAAUUUCGUUUAUAAUGAUGAGCAACAUUUGAAAGCAAUGUCUGGAUUAAUAUGCAUGUGAAGAAAUUUGUCUUUUAUUUUUUCUGAGGUUUUGUUUUACGUGUAUGGUCAAGGUUCUUUAAAUCCACAAUUUCAAUAUUGUAGCCGCAAAACAAUUAAAAACAAGCUAUUAAACAAUAUAGUUUGAAAAGGGAAAGAAUAAUUAUUAUUUUUUGCAAAUCUUAAUGGGUGUGUGACUGUUUGAAGUGCUAAAUGGGAAGAUACAUAUCAUCACUUGUAUUAUAUAGGUGUGACUGUACAUUAGAUUGAUGAUGAUUGACAAAUGCAUGAACGAGUUAUCGCUUUUCGAGAUUUUAAUGAAAGAUACAUCGAUGAUAAUAUCAUGGAACGUGUUUGCUAUAUGUUUUGAUAAUGCUAGUAAUAAUAUUGUUGGUGUACAUAGAAUGCGUGAAUUAUGUGAUCCUAUUUUGAUGGGUAAAUCUUUCCGUCAACGUUGUGCGUGAUAGAGAAAGUUAAGGGGCUAUUAAAAUCAUUUGGGGGUAAUACUCAACUUAAAAUGCAAUGAUGUGCUUAUUGAAAUGUGUUAAGUAUUGUCAUAUCCUUAAAGAUCUAUCUGUUCGUUGGAAUGAUACUUAUAAUUUAAUUGUUGUGCUGCUUGGAUUCCAGGACCAAUUGUAUGCUUUUAUGAAAGAAACUUGUAAUUAUAUUAUAGAACCGGUUGACAUCAACACCAUGGAGAAAAUUUGCAACGUUUUAGUUUAUUUUCAUAGCGCUACUCAAUCUUUUUCUCAUGUUUAUUCACCUACUAGUAACCUAUUUUUCACAAGCUACUUAUGUUUCAUUAUUUUUGUGAUUUCAUGAAGGAAAAGUUUUUAAACUAUUAUUUAUAUAUUCUGCCUAUAUGUGUGUCUUGAUCCUUGUUUCAAACUUGCUACUUAUCGAACAUUAGAGUACUAUUAUACUACUUUCUAUGUUUACUUUUCCCUAUGUACGACGACACCCUAUAAGACCCUCAAGCCCAAUUCAAUGAGAGUAGUGAUUUAUUUCAUAAUUUAUUUAAUGAAUUUCAUGCAAAAUAUGGUAACAUGCUCCCUCGCUCAAACCGACGACUUCUUCAUCUAAAUGAAAAAAUCUUUUUAAAUCUGCAAUAUCUAAUCUUUUGAAAAAAUAAAUCUACUUUUGCCGUUGCACAAGCUCAAUUAAUGAGCUUUAUUUAUAUUUAAUGUGUUGGGUUAAGGGCCCAAGCCGAGGUCCGGCCCAUUAACCCCUUUUUUACCAGACGCACGUCCAAGCUAUAACAUAAUGCUAGCCGCAGGCCCAUGUUCCUUGGGGAGGGACGAGCGUCUGGGGGUUUAGGCUCGACGGCCCAUCUCGACGAGCGUCUAUGCAGGGACAAGAGACAGGACCACGGGCCAUCAGGGAUGACGACGAACGUCUCCAGAGCAAGCCUAUGGUCAUCGGAGACGAGCAGCCGGUACCUCUUGAGAGUCACUUGGAGCGAUCCAGCUCGCUCCCCGGGCGGACGAACGUCCCCACUAUUUAGGCGGGAAACCUAGAUUCUGGCGGGAAGUGCAUUUAAUGCUGAAGAUUUGGUAGUUGGGGCACCAGCGGUCCACAGGCUGCCACGUCAGUAUAGCCACCUGCCCAUUGGUGGGUAUAAAUAGAAGCAUUUAUUUCAUUGUAAAGGGUUGGCAACUUUCUAUUCUUAGCACCCUAGCUAUAGCAGUCUGACUGGUAGCACUUCUACUGCCUUGUAAGACGAACGGCCGACGGAGCCUUAGCGGAAAGUAUUGUAUUAGGGAGUUAUUAAGAGAUAAUAAUACCUAGUCAAUUACUUGCUAUCUUACUGUUUCUUGAUCCUUAUUAUCUGCUUGUUGGGCUAGUUUAUUCACACACACUCCACUCGAAAUCCUUGGGCUUACGUGUUGGACCCGAGGGUUGAAGGAAUAAACCUCAACACUGGCGCCGUCUGUGGGAAUCUGAACUAAAAGUUUCCAAAACUCUCCCAAACAGCUACUAAAUCUACCCACAGCAAGCACGAUGACAAGAAACAACCGCCAACGUGACCUCUCCGAGCAGCUGUCCCGUGGACGAAGCAACCGCGGGCAAACCACGGAACGUUCCGAGACGUUGGGAACAACUGGGGGUGAGGAUGGCCUCACAAACCUCAUCCCCCAUGAGGCCAGACGCGACCCUCGACUCAUGAGGGAGCUGGCGGAAACAAUGCGCCGAAUGGCGGACGAACAGGAGGCGAACGAAGAGGUGUACUCAGCUAACACCAUCUGGACGCCCAUAUCACCCAUCCACCGCAUGCAGUCCCUGGAUGAGACAGCGGAAUCUGCCGGGCGUCGGACGCCCAUCCACAUGAGGUUGGGUCAAAAUCCGUCCUCCCACGGAGCUGGGGGGCACACCGGCGCCAGCACCCCUCGAUAUGGUUGGCAGGACGAUCAUCGGGGGCGUACGCCGGACGUUCCCUCAGAACAUCAGGGCACCACCAUCACCCCCGCUGCCAGUAAUAUUGGACGACGUUUCCACAGGCAUGGUGCCCACAUCACCCGAAGGCAAACCGACGCGGUUGCCCCUCGAAGGAACGUUGCGCUCGAGGCCGCCCCUCCUGUGUUCCCCGGAAGGGCCGCACAGGAGGCCCGGCUAGAGGCAAUGGAGCGGCGAAUGGCCGAAAUGGACAGACGGGCGGAGGCCACCCCGGCCACACCUCGUUUCUCCCUCACCUCACCUUUCACUCCGAGGGUCAUGAAUGCAGAGAUCCCGCGGGACUGCAGGCCCCCCCAAGGGAUAGUAUACAAUGGGACCGGAGAUCCCAAGGCUCACCUGAUCAGCUUCGAGGGGAACCUUUCCAUGCUGGGAGCAUCCGAUGAGGCCAUCUGCCGGCUCUUCUUCAGCACCCUGAGGGGCCCGACGCAGGAAUGGUUCGGGCAGCUGAGGCCCGGAUCCAUUGACAACUACGAACAGUUGUCCCAGCAGUUCAUGGCACAAUUCGCUGCCAGCACCACCCCCAAGAAGAGCUUCACAUCGCUCACCAGUGUGAAGCAGGGAAAAGACGAACCUCUGGCCCAAUUUCUGGUCAGAUGGAGAGACGAGGUGCUGCAGGUAGACGACCUGGACGAACGGCUGGGAGUGAACAUGUUCACCAGCGCCUUGGCGACAGGGGACCUAUACCGGGACCUUCGGAGGAACCCCAGCACCAGCUACACCGAGGUGCUGGCUCGGGCACAGAAGUAUGCCUCCAUUGAGGAGGAGAUCAGAUUAAGGGACGGCGCGCCUGCAGCCCCUUCCCGGAAAUUAGCGGAUAGGCUCGGCCCCGGAGGCGGGCCAUCCCCCCCGAACAAAAAGAAGAAGACGGACGGCGGCAUAGUUCCGUGGAAGGCUCAUCCGGAGGCCAGCCGCAUACGUCCGGAGGAGUACCACGUUCCUCUGGCUUACCCCGUCAGCCAGAUUUUCGACGCCAUCAAAGACAAGGGCAUCCUAAGGGAGCCCCAAGACAAGAAGGCGCUUAUGGGUCUUGAUGAGACCGCAUAUUCCGAAUACCACCAGAGGGUCGGCCACCUCACCGACAACUGCAAGCAGCUGAGAAUGGCCAUCGACGAGCUGAUCCGGCAAGGCUACCUGGGCGAGUUCACCCAGCUAUUGAAGAAGAAUAGCCCGAGGCAGCCGAAUCUGAGAUCGCGGUCAUGGCGCCGCGACGAUCGGCGCGAGGCGGAACCGAAGGACGUAGACUAUCGGAGUGCUGAUAAACGUCCGGAGGGGUCCCUCGGCCCGAACGGCGGGAAGAAGAAGUUGGAGAUCAAGGUGAUCUUUGGGGGCGCUGAGACUGGGGACACGCCUGCGGAGCGGAAGAAGUUUGAAAGAUCCCUAUACGUGGGCUCCAUAUCAGCUCCCCCGCUAAAAGGAACAAGGUGGAGGCCAUCACCUUUGGACCGGCCGACCUACAGAUGUCACCGGCCCCUCACAGGGAUGAGUUGGUGAUCAGCAUGGAUGUCAACAAUGCGAUCGUCCGACGCGUCCUUGUCGAUACUGGAAGCAGCGUGAACGUCCUCUACUGGGAGGCGUUCGAAGGAAUGAAGUUGAGGAAGGAUCAGCUGGGCCCCCCCACGCACCCCUCUUUCUGGCUUCACGGGGGAUUGCAUCGAUGCGGAAGGCACCAUCGGCCUCCCCGUGGAAAUCGGGGAUGGACCUCACACCACCCGCAUCCGGAUGACGUUCGUCGUGGUCCGCCUAAAAUGUGCCCACAACGCAAUUUUGGGCCGGCCCCGCCUGGAGGAUCUUGAGGCCAUAUGCUCCGUGCGGCACUCAUGCAUCAAAUUCCCCACUGAAACUGGAGUGGGGGUGGCCCGCACGGACCCGCACAUGGCCAGGGCCUGCUACACCAAGGCCAUGGAGAGGUUCAGAGAGCGGGAGGCCCGGGUCAACAGCAUCACUGAGAAAGCCAGACAAGCCGACUUUGAUGCUCGUCUGGAACCGGUUGCCCUGCUCGAAGAGGUGGAAUUGGAUGACCCUUCGGACAGGAGGGUGUCCAUUGGCGCCGACCUUGAGCCUGAGAUCAAGGAAGGGAUCAUAGCUGUCCUCUGGAGAUUCAAGAUCCUAUUUGCCCGGGGGCCGGAGGACAUGCCUGGCAUAGACCCCAACCUCAUAUGCCACAAACUCGCCGUACGGCCGGAUGCCAAACCUAUCCAACAGAAGAAGAGAUACAUGGCAGCCGAGCGGCGAGAUUUCAUCAAGAAGGAGGCUGCUACGCUCCUCAGCAUCAAGCACAUCCGGCCGGUCAUCCACGUGGAGUGGUUAGCUAACGUGGUGUUAGCCCCAAAAGGCGACACGUGGCGGAUGUGCGUCGAUUACUCGGACCUUAACAAAGCCUGUCCGAUGGAUCCAUACCCGGUGCCGAGGAUCGACCUGCUCGUGGACGAGACGGCGGGCUGCGAGCUACUCAGCUUCAUGGACGCAUUCAGAGGCUACCAUCAGGUGUUCAUGCACCCGGAUGAUGCAGAGAAAACGGCGUUCGUCACAGCGGACGGCGUGUACUGUUAUGUGGUCAUGCCGUUCGGCCUGAGGAACGCCAUGGCUACUUUCCAGAGGAUGAUCGGGAUGUUGUUCAAAGACGUACUAGGGAAAACCAUGGAGGCUUACGUGGACGACAUCCUGAUCAAGAGCAAAAAGAAGGAGGACCACGUCCGGGAUAUGGAGAGGAUCUUCACCAUCAUGGAGGGGGCUAGCAUGAGGCUCAAUCCGAAGAAGUGUGCUUUUGCUGUCAAGGGCGGCAAGUUCCUCGGCUACAUGAUGAGUGAACGGGGGAUCGAGCCUAACCCAGAGAAGGUAAAGGCAAUAGUUGACAUGGAAGCCCCGAAGAAUCUGAAGGACGUACAGCGCCUCACCGGGAGAUUGGCGGCCCUGAGCCGAUUCAUGUCAAAACUAGCAGACAAGGCAAUCCCUUUCUUUCAGAUCAUGAAGAAGGCGAAUCCUUUUGAAUGGACACCGGAAUGCCAGGCUGCCUUCGAAGAUUUCAAAGUGUACCUCUCCUCUCCGCUCGUCCUCACCAAAGCAGACCCAGGGGAGCAGCUGUACAUGUAUCUGGCGGUGGCGGACUUGGCUGUGAGUGCUGUGCUACUCAAGGAGGCAGAAGGCGUUCAGCGGCCAAUCUAUUUUGUGAGCAAGGCACUGAACGGCCCGGAGACCAGAUACACACUGAUGGAGAAGACGGUCCUCGCCUUGAUAGCAUCCAUCAAACGCCUGGCACCGUACUUCCAGGCACACCCCGUGACUGUAUACACAACACAACCUCUCGCCACGAUCCUCCGGAACCCCAUGGCCAGCGGGAGGAUAACCAAAUGGUCCCUGAUGAUCGGGCAGUACAACAUAGAAUUCAAGCCGAGGCCGACGAUCAAGGGAUAGGCGCUGGCAGACUUCAUUGCCGAAUGCACUGCGCGCACCGAGGUCGAUCCCCAAGGCAACGAUGAUUUCAAUAACUGGUGGGAGAUGUACACCGAUGGGGCCUCGAGCGCAAAAGGCUGUGGCGGAGGAGCGGUGAUCAUUUCACCGGAGGGUUUCAAGGCCUACUACUCCAUGAAAUUUGAAUUCAAAGCCACCAACAAUGAGGCUGAGUACGAGGCGCUGAUCGCGGGAUUGAAAUGUGCGAAGGCACUCGGCGCAGCUCGUCUCAAGGUGAGAAUGGACAAUCAGCUGGUGGUAACCCAGAUGAAUGGGACGGCCGAGACCAGGGAAGAAAGAAUGAAGAUCUACAAGGAACUCGCGGGGGAACAAACCGCGCAGUUCGAACAGGUGAUAAUCGAGCAAGUAUCGCGGGUGGAGAACGCCGAGGCUGACAUAUUAUCCAAGCUAGGCAACCCCCCGACCGAUGAUCCCGCGACGAGCAUCCCCCGG